CGAGCUAGCGCUGCGGCGCGCCGAGCCACAUCGGCCGGGGCCGGGGCGGCGGCAGCCCGAGCGCCGCUCGCACCAUGGCCUCGCAGAGCGAGCCGGGCUACCUGGCGGCGGCGCAGUCGGACCCCGGCUCCAACAGCGAGCGCAGCACCGACUCGCCGGUGGCCGGCUCCGAGGACGAUCUGGUGGCCGCGGCGCCCCUCUUGCACAGCCCGGAGUGGAGCGAGGAGCGCUUCCGCGUGGACAGGAAGAAACUCGAGGCCAUGCUCCAAGCUGCAGCUGAAGGAAAAGGCCGAAGUGGGGAAGACUUUUUUCAGAAGAUCAUGGAGGAGACAAACACGCAGAUUGCAUGGCCGUCCAAACUGAAGAUCGGGGCUAAAUCCAAGAAAGAUCCCCACAUCAAGGUUUCUGGGAAGAAAGAGGAUGUGAAGGAAGCCAAAGAAAUGAUCAUGUCUGUCUUAGACACAAAAAGCAACCGCGUCACAUUGAAGAUGGAUGUCUCGCACACGGAGCACUCCCACGUCAUCGGCAAGGGUGGUAACAACAUUAAAAAGGUCAUGGAAGACACGGGCUGCCACAUCCACUUCCCAGACUCCAACAGGAACAACCAGGCAGAGAAGAGUAACCAGGUGUCUAUAGCAGGACAGCCAGCAGGAGUAGAAUCGGCCCGAGCAAGGAUUCGGGAGCUGCUUCCUUUGGUGCUGAUGUUUGAGUUACCGAUUGCCGGGAUUCUCCAGCCAGUCCCCGAUCCCAACACCCCGUCCAUUCAGCACAUCUCACAAACCUACAGCGUUUCUGUGUCCUUUAAGCAGAGGUCUCGAAUGUAUGGUGCUACAGUCACAGUACGAGGCUCUCAGAAUAACACUAAUGCUGUGAAGGAAGGAACAGCCAUGCUGUUGGAACACCUUGCGGGAAGCUUGGCCUCCGCCAUCCCCGUGAGCACACAACUGGACAUAGCAGCCCAGCAUCACCUCUUCAUGAUGGGCCGGAACGGGAGCAACGUCAAACACAUCAUGCAGAGGACAGGGGCGCAGAUUCACUUUCCCGACCCCAGCAAUCCACAGAAGAAAUCCACCGUCUACCUCCAGGGCACCAUUGAGUCUGUCUGCCUAGCAAGGCAGUAUCUCAUGGGGUGUCUUCCUCUGGUGUUGAUGUUUGAUAUGAAGGAAGACAUUGAAGUGGACCCACAGGUCAUCGCACAGCUGAUGGAACAGCUGGACGUCUUUAUCAGUAUUAAACCAAAGCCCAAACAGCCGAGCAAGUCUGUGAUUGUGAAAAGUGUUGAGCGAAAUGCCUUAAAUAUGUAUGAAGCAAGGAAGUGUCUCCUCGGACUUGAAAGCAGUGGGGUUUCCAUAGCAACCAGUCUAUCCCCAGCAUCGUGCCCUGCCGGCCUGGCCUGUCCCAGCCUGGAUAUCUUAGCUUCGGCAGGCCUCGGACUCACUGGACUAGGUUUAUUGGGGCCCACCACAUUGUCGCUCAAUACGUCAGCCACCCCAAACUCACUCCUGAAUGCUCUCAACACUUCGGUCAGUCCUUUGCAAAGUUCAAGUUCUGGUACUCCCAGUCCUACACUGUGGGCACCCCCAAUCGCUAACACUGCAAGCGCCACAGGUUUCUCUACGAUACCACACCUUAUGCUUCCCUCUACUGCCCAGGCCACAUUAACCAAUAUUUUGCUGUCUGGAGUGCCCACAUACGGGCACACGGCUCCAUCUCCCCCACCUGGCUUGACUCCUGUUGAUGUUCACAUCAACAGCAUGCAGACAGAAGGCAAAAACAUCUCUGCGUCUAUAAAUGGACAUGUGCAGCCUGCAAACAUGAAAUACGGUCCGCUGUCCACUUCAUCGCUUGGGGAAAAAGUGCUGAGUUCGAAUCAUGGUGACCCAUCCAUGCAGACAGCUGGGCCCGAACAGGCUUCUCCUAAAUCAAACUCGGUGGAAGGCUGCAAUGAUGCCUUUGUUGAAGUGGGCAUGCCUCGAAGUCCCUCCCAUUCUGGAAACGCUGGCGACUUGAAGCAGAUGCUGGGUGCCUCCAAGGUCUCCUGUGCCAAGCGGCAGACGGUUGAGCUACUGCAGGGCACGAAGAACUCGCACCUCCACGGCACUGACAGACUACUCUCAGACCCUGAACUGAGCGCCACAGAAAGUCCGCUUGCUGACAAGAAGGCCCCGGGGAGCGAACGUGCAGCUGAGAGGGCAGCAGCUGCCCAGCAGAAAUCGGAGAGGGCCCGCCUGGCCUCGCAGCCAACAUAUGUCCACAUGCAGGCAUUUGAUUAUGAGCAGAAGAAACUAUUAGCCACCAAAGCGAUGUUAAAGAAGCCAGUGGUGACUGAGGUCAGAACACCUACGAAUACGUGGAGUGGCCUGGGAUUCUCAAAGUCCAUGCCGGCAGAAACCAUUAAGGAACUGAGGAGAGCCAACCACGUAUCCUAUAAGCCCACGAUGACCACCGCCUAUGAGGGCUCCUCAUUGUCCCUCUCAAGGUCCAGCAGUCGUGAGCACCUGGCAAGUGGAAGCGAGUCAGACAACUGGAGAGACCGGAAUGGAAUAGGCCCCAUGGGUCACAGUGAAUUCUCAGCACCAAUCGGCAGCCCCAAGCGCAAGCAGAACAAAUCAAGAGAGCACUAUCUAAGCAGCAGCAACUACAUGGACUGCAUUUCCUCGCUGACGGGAAGCAAUGGCUGUAACCUGAACAGCUGCUUCAAAGGCUCCGACCUCCCCGAGCUUUUCAGCAAGCUGGGCCUAGGCAAAUACACGGAUGUCUUCCAGCAGCAAGAGAUCGAUCUUCAGACAUUCCUCACCCUCACAGAUCAGGAUCUGAAGGAGCUGGGAAUCACAACCUUUGGUGCCCGAAGGAAAAUGCUGCUGGCAAUCUCAGUUUGUGACUCUGUUCAGAUCCGCAACAAGAUCCUGAGAGCUGCCAGGAUUCUGUGAACCUUGGAAUGUCAAAGAAAAAAGAGCUAAGUAAAAACCGAAGAAAACUUUUUGAACCACCAAACGCAUCAUGCACCUCCUUCCUGGAAGGCGGAGCCAGUGGGAGGCUGCCUCGCCAGUAUCAUUCAGACAUUGCGAGCGUCAGUGGCCGCUGGUAGCGGUACCUUCUGGACACGCACCUGCUAUCUUGCAAAGGUGGACACGAUCCGUGGACAGUCUUCACUGCACUCGCCUGCCCUUGGCACUCGGAGUGUCUGGUAUCAGGACCAAAGUGUUGAUUUCGUACCUGUACUUCAUGGCCAAAAAAAAAAAAAAAAAAAAAAAGAGAGAGAGAAAAGACAAGAGAAGUGUCUCAUGUUCUCAUGUUGCCAUAAAAGCACCAAAGGGAGAAAUGCUUUUAUAAACUGGCAAUUGGACAGAAUUUGCAAAAUGAGGGUAGGGCUUUGUUUCUUUCUAUUUACCUAUAUUACAUAUGCACUGAUUUUUUUUUUCAUGGUACCUAAAAUGAAGGAGAAUUUUGACAUCUGGGAUGCCAGAAAACUUAGAAGUUAUUUUUGUUGGCUUGAACUGUCUUGGUGUUUGGGGAUUUGGAAAAAAAAAUAAUCAAGGUAUAAUUUUCUGCUUUAAAAUGAUGAGUGAGGUCUUCCAGCACUUUACACGGUCUAGUUGCCCCUCCUGUGGAAUCUGUCUCUCAUCUCUGUGUUUCUGGUAUUGGUACACUUUUUCCUGGCUCCAUCACAUGUUUAUUUGAAAUGGUACUGGACCUUAAUUAGUUCCCAUGCAGGAUUUUCUGUACUGUUGGGAAAUGUGGGCCACUUGGCUCUGGACCAAAUUCAGUUCAUUUAUGUCAACAUCUUAGGAACCCUUGGCCAUGACUGCCGUCUACUGACCAGGCACAAAAGACAAACCAAAUGGACUUUGCAAAACUAACUCUUCUCAGUUGGCAUAGUUAGCUGCUGUCUGUAUUGCUAAAUUUCAAUGGCUGUCUGAAGGCCAGGGGGCUGGUCUUUUAGUAUACUGCGACUAAAGGACAUUUAUUUAUAUCAAACUUUUAUUUUUAGAUAUUAUAAGCAUACAGUAGAUAACUGAUAAGAUUGAUAUUUUCUAGAGAUUUAUGGUAGAGAUUGAGCUGCAUUCAUAACUGGAGCCCUAGGUUGUCACUUUAUUUAAAAAAAGACAAGCAACCAUUUGACGAGACAGCAUUGCUGCCAUUAUGGAGAGAAGAGGCCCUGCUUCCUUACCCAGUAGCUCCGCCCCCUGUGGGUCAUGAGACUUUCCCCAAAGUGCCUUUGUCUGCCUGGAGUCAACUUGGAUCCAUUGGAAACAUAGAAAGGGUCCAGGGGACAGCUUAUCCAAGAGCUAAAUUCUGAAGGGGGAGGAAAAAAAGAAAAAGAAAAAAAAAAGGCUUUCUAAAUGGCCAGAUUUAUUGUUAAAAUCUUAUACUGUGAAAGUCCAAGAGAUUAGCGAACAUUAUUUCCUGUCUUUGCAGACCAUACAAAGGUUUUCGGUCCAAUGAAAAAAACCACUCAAGUGCCUUUCUCUCUUCAGAGCUAUAUUCUUACCAAAUGUACACAGGUUUUUUGGGGGGGGUGGGAGGGAACUUUUCCCAUAGGGCAUGUUGUCAGUUACCUUUAGUGAUGUGUUUAUGUUAAUAUGUUAAGGCUUUCUGUGUGAGAUAAACCCCUCCCUCCUGUUCUUGGUAGAGAGGAGUUGGAGGAUCAUGCACACAGCUGGGUGCCUAUGCAAAUUCGAGGUACGAAAUACUUGCCUAGCAGUUUCUUCCCGAGGCUAACUCUGGUCACUAAAGAACUGAAGGGAUUUUUACACAGAGAAAAAAAUAAAAAGUUUUUGCUUUGAAAACAUCGGCUACCUGGAAGAGUAGACGAUGACCACGGGCUUGCCACAGCGGUAAUAAUCUACUUGGCAUCAAGCUCAGCCUGACCGCAUAAGGAUACAGAAUUGAAUCACUUCCUGUGCGAGCAUUGUGUGCUCAUGUGCUCAGAUGACCGCCCGAGGCUCGUCACAUAUCCGGUUGACCACCUCAGAGGACUACUCGGUACUCCACUCCACUGAGAGCUCAGUGUGGACUCUGCCAUGCAUUUAUUUGCUAAAGGGAAGAGAGGAACCAAAUAUUCAAUAGUGAGCUGGUGUAGGUUAUGUACACAGUGCUUUGAUUUCACGCCAAAAGGAAACUGUCCACUCCAACUUGAUUAAAUAGGGAGGCUAAGGAAUAAUUAAAAACACUGGAAGGUUUUUCUCCCUUUCUCUUGAUGUAGCAAAGGGAAUAUGGCACCAGGGCCUGCAGAGUUGUUGGUGUUCUUUGCCAUGCACGGAAUAUUUGGAUUGUUCGAAGUAAUGUUAACUUUUAGCCAACCUGGCUGUUCUCCUGAUUGGUCAUCUGUAAAUAUGGAGCAGACCUGGAUUGUAUGUCUUGGGGAGUCCUUGUCCUUUUUAUCACUUUUAAAAAACCCGUGAGAUGGGAUCAAUAUUGAAAGUGGGGAUUUUUUUUCUAAAGUAAUCUUUACAUGAGAAAUAAAUUUAUAUAAUCCCUUUGUAUCGCUUUCUACAUGGGA